AGUUGUUGAUGGCAGAGGGUGGAAGAGGGGCGGGUGGCGGCAGAGGGAGAAUCUGACAAGAGAGAGAGGGAGGGGGCGAUUCGAUACGGAGCAGCACACAUCAGACGCUGAAUUCAAAGCAGUCAGGACCACAGAGCCGCCACCUCGCUCUCUCACAUCGCGGAGGUGUGAAGGAUUCAUCAGGAAACAGAAGACUGACACACUGUGGUGGACCGGCAGAAUCAGGAUCACGGCAAGACUAAAUGCAACAUCUUCUUUAGCUAUAAGAGGACCAGAUAUCUGAGUGCAUCAUGGAUUUUGUGAUGAAACAAGCACUGGGCGGGGCAACCAAAGACAUGGGGAAGAUGCUAGGUGGAGAGGAGGAGAAGGACCCUGAUUCCCAGAAGAAGGAGGAAGAAAGGCAGGAGGCACUGAGACAACAAGAGGAGGAACGGAAAGCCAAACAUGCUCGUAUGGAGGCAGAGAGAGAAAAAGUCAGACAGGCCAUUCGAGAUAAGUAUGGACUAAAGAAGAAAGAAGAGAAGGAAGCCGAGGAGAAAGCGGCUAUGGAACAAGCGUGCGAGGGCUCCUUGACUCGCCCCAAAAAGGCAAUCCCAGCAGGCUGCGGGGCAGAUGAUGACGAGGAUGAGGAGAGCAUUCUAGACACCGUUCUCAAAUUCCUGCCGGGACCUCUGCAAGACAUGUUUAAAAAGUAACAGACACAAAGCUGUUUCUGGAAGAAAAUGGGUGAGGGGGGAUUUUUGCCAAACAGGUGAAAGGCUUUUCACUGCCUUGACGGAAUUUUAUUUGUUCCUUUCUACGGAUAGAAACACUAAUCAUAACCCGACAAUGUUUGGUCUUUUCACUGCCAUUCAGGUUCAAACUGUUUACACUUUCUAAAGAUAUCUCUAUUUGUUUACUGAUCACCAGGGUUUCUGAUACUUAGAAAGUUAUCUGCCUUAGGUACUCAAUGAUCAGCCCCACAUUAACGGCACAUUCCAGGAUCUUGAUACUGAGCUCUGGCACUGGGAAUAUGAUGGUUACUUGGAUUUAUUGAUCUAUAUAUUUCAAACACAGUGGGGUCAAAGCAUUUUAAAACAGUAGCUUGAUAUAUUCCUUUCACAGAAAACAACAAAAAUGUCAGUGAAGUGCAGCUGUAAUGCUUUUAGUAGUGUGCAUGAGGUCGAAAUCUUACUAUAAGAUUUGCCAUCAUUGAUAUGUUGGCAUUUGUAAAAAAGGGAGACGCUGAUAAACCGUCUUAGUUUUGCCACGUUAGACCACCUGAAUGCAGCCUGGCAGUUCUCAUUUGUCUGUGAUGUAUUGAUAUUUAUUUUAUUUUUGUUGUACACUCUUAAACAAUAAUGGUUCUUUAUUGGAAUCGAUGGUUCUUUGAAGAACCUUUAACAUCCAUGGAACCUUUUCAAUGCACAAAAGGUUCUUUAUACUGGAAAAAGGUUCUUUAGAUUAUAAAAUGUUCUGCACACUAAGGAAAAAAAAAAAAAUGGAACCCCCCAUUUGGAACCUUUAUUUUUAAGAGUGUAGUGUGAAAUAGAACUUGAUUUGACCACAAGUAAUAUUCACAUUUGCCUUGCCAGCAAAAGAUCAGGAAAAGCUCAGUAUAUACUAGAACUGUGACAAAAACACAGUUUAUAUUUUUACAAACUGGACGUUUACAAUUAAGAGUUAUUCAGGAGAAUUCAAGAUCUGAAAAACAUACAGAACUUGAAAUACAAGAUUCUACAGACUUUUUAGUAUGUAUUCAGAAGUCAGUCACUGUUUCACAGUAUAUUUUUCAAUGCCAAAACACAUACGACAAUCAAAAAUUAAAUGGUCUCAUACACGAAAAUUAAAAAUAAUCAAUUGGCAUCAAAAUUUUAUUAAAAACAAAAUAUUUUGGAUGUUCUGGAACAUGAAAAUACCUGCCUCAGCUGAAAGUUACGUAAAGGUCUGACAUGAUUUUUAAUGAGCUUUUAGUAAAAAAGUAGGUAACUGUUAAUGUACUGUUGCAGAUAAUGGAGUCAUGGUGUAAUUGAAAAGAAUUUAUUGAUGAAUAUAUAUACUAAAUUAAUACUGGGAAUACAUGAGCUUCAAUCACAACAGUAAAAAAUACCAAAGAAAUUAUACAACUUAGUAAAGAUGUGAUUGGUACACUCUAAAAAUGCUGUUUUAGACUGUAAAAAAAUAUGGACGUAGUGUCCGUAACGUCACCCGUAGGUUUCUGAAGAGCAUUUUUGAAACCUAAAGCUGGCUGUUGACAUCUUGGAAGCGCGUCACCGUGCGUCACUCCCGAAUAACAGAAAAUGGGCAAAGAGGCGGGACGUGGGUGGAGCUGAGGUGACGUGACGGCAGCAGACACCUAUUGGUGACAUCAGCGGCAAUCCACCUGUCACUCAAGUGGCCACGCCCUUAAUUAUGCAGAACUUUAAGGCUUAAUAUAAUUUAAACGUAUGAGUUAUAAAAAGAAAUUCACCCCCCUCAGAGUUGUCAUGAAGGGCAAAUUUAGCUAUAUAGACCAAAACCACAAUUUGUAUCAGGCUGUAAACGUUUUUUUCUGCUGUAAAGUUGGGCAUUUUAACAUGGGGGUCAAUGAGAUUCUGCUCUCUUUUGGAGCCUGUCCCUAGCGGCCAGUCGAUGAAUUGCAGUUUAGGUCACUUCCGUAUUGGCUUCAAGAGAAACGGGGGGAGGUUGGCACUUGGUUUCAACCCAAAAUUAGGUCAAAUAUGGACAAACCCAACCGUUGGGUUAAAAUUUUAAUUUAAAAAUUUAACUCACACUCAAUAUAAUGCUAUUUUAACACAAAUAAAAUCAUUUAUUUACUCUCAACUCAAAUGGAUUAAGUAAAGUGGUUGAAAAGAAUCGUGUUGGAUUAACUUCAUUUAAAUUAAACAAGCAUCAAAUGUUAUUUUUGGCCUACUUAAGAGAAACAUGUUCUUUCAAAAUGAAAAUAUUGAGUUGAGCCAAAAUGCAACUGUUUUCAAGUCAGUUUAACACAAUGCAAUUGUGUUUGAAUGAGAAAAAUACAAUACAUACAAUGGUGUUAAAUGAAAAUGAUUUAUUAAAUAAACUGAACAGUAUCGUAAAAUAAUUUUUUUGAGUGCAGCGGUUGGGUUUGUCCAUUUUUUUUUUUACCCAAAUUUGGGUUGUAACAACCCAGCAUUUUUUAGAGUGUACAAUGCUGACAGUUCAAGAAAUGGCAUGUUAAAUGAUCUAUUACAACAAUAUGAUAUUUUGUGAAACCGUUAAUAUUCUGAUCAACAACAAUCAUUUCUGCUGUGAAACUAUACCAACAUGAUCAUUUAUAAAAAUGCUAGCUCAUAUUCUGCCCAAAAUAUUCAUUUUACUGCUGGCAAAUUCGGAUGUGGGGUUACAAAUAUGAUGAAGUUUUUAUUUCAAUCAUCAAUGUCUUCAUGUUUUUAAGCAUUGAGUAAACACUGCCAUUUGAUAAACAUGUUGGACGCAUUUUUUUGCAGGGGGGGUUAAAUGUUUACAUAACUGUUUAUGAAUACUGGGGUAAAGAGGCAAACUCAUUUUGUAAAGUAAUGCUCAAAUGGCUAUUGUAUUGCAUGGUGGGAAAUAUAAACCUAUAGAUAAGUUUUUAUUUUGUUGAUUACACAAAGUUAGUACUUGUAUGUUUACCAAUCAGUCAGAUUGAAAAUGUGUCCCUUUUUAAACUCUGUUAGCAAACGAUUUAACAACAGGAAUGUAUUCGUACCCAUUAGGCUGUUCUGUGAUAAAACUGCUUUUAAGAUUGUAAAGUUUGUUUAAAAAAAAAUCUUAGUAAGAACAGAAUGACAUACUUUAGAAUAACACAUGCUACUCUCAAGUAGACUUUAAUUUUAGCAGUACGGAGGUACGUUUUUUUUUUUUUUUUAAUUAAAUUAUAAAGAAAGAAUGAGAUUGACUUUUUAAUUUUUGUAGUGCUGAAAGGUUUUUCACUAGUCAAAGCCAUAUUGUUAGACUGCAAUAAUUAAUGAAAAAAUAAUCAUCUUGUAGUCAUGCAUCUGUUACCUGUAAAAAAAAAAUGUUAUCUAUUUAACUCUUCAUAGUACAUGUCAGAAAGUGUAUAUACUGAGGUAUAUGACAUUUCCGUGUUUCUGCGUUCUCAAUGUAAGUGUGUAUUUAUGUGCGUCUGUACCUGUAUGUGCUGUAAAAUGUUACUUCAUGUUAUACCUGUUGAUGUCUCUAAAGUACAGUCUAAAGCAGGCUGUGUCCACUGUCAUGAAGAUGGUGGAAUCGGGAUAUGGGAGUCCUAAUGUUCCUGUAUGCAUGCAGAUAAACUUUGCAUUAAAUACCAAAUCAGAACGUCAGGUUGUACCUGUUUAUGUAUCUCUGUCCCUGCAACAGAAGCUGCACCCUUUAUCCAGGGCUUAGUUCCCAUCUGUCUGAUGGGAUAUGGUGAAUUAUCAUCAGGCCUAUCAUUCAGGUUGUUUGGUACUGACAGAACUGAGAGGUCAUUUCAAAACCCUUGCUACUGGGUCUAAACUAGGGUCAUUUCUAGUCAUUUAUCAUUUGCAACUUGAUCUCAGACUAAAAAUGUGAUGAUAUAGUUGUAUUUCCAAUAUACCUCUUGGCAUAAACAUUCAUGCCACAAUGCAGUGGUUCAUCUCUUCAAGUCACCCCAAAAUGUAUUUGAACACUUUUGGUUGUACUUGAACAUGUAUGAAUGUCAUCGGAAGUGGCAUCUGAAAACAAUUGAUUCUAGACCUAAUUUUGUUUGAUAUACAUUUAAUAUUUUGGGUAACACUUCAUUUUGCAGUGUCCUUGUUACACAUUACAUGUAGUUACUGUAGUAAUAACUACAAAUUAUGCAUAUUACAUGCAAGUAACCCUAAACCAAAACUUGGUAGCACUUUAUUUUAUGUGUUGUGUUUACACAUGUACAUACUGUGUACUUAUUAUAGUAAUUACAGUAACUACACUCUAAAAAAUGAUGGGUUAAAAACAACCCAAGUUGGAUGGAAAAUGGACAGACCCAGCAAUUUGGUUGUUUUAAACCCAACAUUUUUUUGAGUGUAGGUACUAACCUUGAACUUAACCCUAAACCUAACCAUAACACAUGUAGUUACCUUGUAUUGUCCACUAUACUUUCUUAGGUAAGUACACUAGUCCACGUACUGUAAAAUAAAGUGCAACCUCAAACCUUAAUCCUAACCCUAUAGUGAGUACAUGUAGUUAAUAUUACUAAGUACUUGUAAUUACACUGUAAUUACACAUGUAAUUACACUGUAACAAGGACAUGAAAAUAAAGUGUAGGCAUAUUUUGUUAUAAAACGCAAAGAAAUUUGUACACUGUGGCUCACGUGUUCAAAUACUUUUUGAGGAGUUGUUUGAUUCCCCACAGAAUCAAAACACUUUAGGUUUCAAUUCCCACUUUAUUGAUACAUUCAUCUUUUCAUAUAUGUAUCACAGUCAUAUUUGGAAUUUUAAUUUAUGUAAUUUUUAUUACAUGAAUAUUACAUAAUAAACUGGGUAAAAGGGCUUACUGUGUUGGUGAUUCUGUAAUCUUUAAGAAGCUAUCGGAUGUCCAGCAGUAGAAAAAAAAAAAAUAUAUAUAUAUAUAUAGAUUUGAAAUUAUUUUAAUGAUGAAAUCUGAAGCAUAUCUUUGGUUGAUCAUAUCAGCUUAAUCACUUUAUAUUAUACCCGAACUCUUUCCAUUCUCUUAGAUAUUGAGAUAUUAUCAGUGCUACUAUUGUCAAAACUCAAACUGCUUUUAAAAAUAUUUAUUAAUUAGUUUAAUCAUUUAUUCCUGGGUUGCACAGCCACGUUGUUAAAGGGAUAGUUCACCCAAAAAUGAAAAUUUUCCCAUGAUUUACUCACCCUCAAGCCAUCCUAGGUGUAUAUGACUUUCUUCUUUCAGACGAACAAAAUCGGCGAUAUAUUAAAAAAAAUUUUGCUCCUCGAAGCUUUAUAAUGGUUGUGAAUGGGGGGCCUGUUUUGAAGCAAAAAUAAAAUGCAUCCAUCCAUAAAAGUAAUCCAUACGGCUCCAGGGUGUUAAUAAAGGCCUUCUGAAGUGAAGCGAUGCAUUUUUGUAAGAAAAAUAUCCAUGUUUAAAACUUUACUAACUUUAAUAACUAGCUUCCGACAGACGGCCGUAUCCCUUGAUUUGCUGCGGAAGAGUAACCUCUGACCCCACACAAUGACGAGCGCAGAGGCGCAGAGGAGAGAGCAAAACAAAACACCGGUCACGAAUUAGAAGUCAGAUAAAUGUCGGAGAAUUUUGAUAUAAGAGAAGAGGAGCUUGAGUUUGUUGCACAGUCAUAUUUGUUUGAACCGUGAGAGGCGUCUAAGCUUGUGAUACUCCAACAUACUGCGUCAUACAUCACGUCAGGCAGUUACUCAUUUGGCGCAAACCGACUUGUGCAGUAUGCGUAUACGGUCGUCCGCUGUAAGCUAGUUAUUUGAAUUUAUAAAGUUUUAAAUAUGGAUAUUUUUACAAAAACGCAUCGCUUUGGAUGGAUACAUUUUAUUUUUGCUUCAAAAUGUGGCCCCCAUUCACAACCAUUAUAAAUCUUUGAGGAGCCAGAAUAUUUUAAAUAUAUCUCCGAUUGUGUUGGUCUGAAAGAAGAUAGAUGAUUAUGAUAAAUACACAACCAUCCAAUCCAGAAAUAUAUCAUUGAGAUUUCAGUGAACUAACAAGCUAUAAUCACAGCCUGUGAAAUCACAUGUGGCAUUUUCAAAUUUAACCAAUAUAUAUAAGUGUAAUGAUGCUUUAAUUUGUAUCUGGAGGCAAACAGUAUCUAUGUUAAGGGCUAUGUUUCAUUUUUCCACCAUACCUUUCACUUGGGUUGGACUGAACACUUGCACGCUUUAAUUUACUUCAGGAAUGAAGUGAAAUAUUUGAGAUACUUGUUUUCAUUUUUUUGCCUGCAAAUGCAUGAUACUCUUAAAUAUUGUCACUUUUUACUGCCCAUUCCAUGUACGUGCAUAAGAAAAGAAUUCAGAUUGAUCUCUGCAAAUAUUCAAUCAAAUACAUUCAUUUACUGUGACUUUGACCACCUGCCAACACUGUCAGCUGGAGAACUGUCAAUCUGCAGGCCAUCACUGGUCUUUUUGUUUCAGCAUAACAAAAUAUUAAUCAUUUUGUACAUAUUAAGUAUAUUUAGAAACAUUUAAUCAGUACAUAAACAUGACAUAUGCCAUUUAUAUAGGUUUUGAAUUGCAUGCUUUCACAUUGUGCCAUAAUUUUGUGGCUGUUUGGGGUGAAAUAAUGAAUGCACUUAUUCAGCUGAGCUAGUUUCUGUUGUCAGGGACUUGAAUGAAUUUGUAACAGUUAACUUUAGCUUAAAGUAGUUUACAUCUAAUUACUGGUAUAUGAUGUAGUAAAACAGAUUUCUACCCUCUUGCUGUGUGUUUGAGGCUUCUUUAAAAGCAAUUGCAAACCAUAUAGAAAUGUAAUGUUAGUCAACUGUUUACUGCAUCUCUGAUAAUUUGUCAUGAACUCUGGAUCAGAAUAAACAAAUACUCUGUCAAAAUUAA